AUGACAAAAGGACUAAAUUUGAGUUUUGACACUCUUAUACCUGCCAAAAUCCACAAGAUCAAACUGAAGGGUCCUCAAGAAUACAGCACAAGGAGGCCAGCACAGGGAGGCCAGCACAAGGAGGCCAGCGCAAGGAGGCCAGCACAAGGAGGCCAGUACAAGGAGGCCAGCGCAAGGGAGGCCAGUACAAGGAGGCCAGUACAAGGAGGCCAGCACAAGGAGGCCAGUACAAGGAGGCCAGCACAAGGAGGCCAGCACAAGGAGGCCAGCACAAGGAGGCCAGCACAAGGAGGCCAGCACAAGGAGGCCAGGACAAGGAGGCCAGCACAAGGAGGCCAGUACAAGGAGGCCAGUACAAGGAGGCCAGUACAAGGAGGCCAGCACAAGGAGGCCAGCACAAGGGAGGCCAGUAAAAGGAGGCCAGUACAAGGGAGGCCAGCACAAGGAGGCCAGUACAAGGAGGCCAGCACAAGGAGGCCUGUAAAAGGAGGCCAGCACAAGGAGGCCAGCACAAGGAGGCCAGCACAAGGAGGCCAGUACAAGGGAGGCCAGUACAAGGAGGCCAGUACAAGGAGGCCAGUACAAGGAGGCCAGCACAAGGAGGCCAGCACAAGGAGGCCAGAGCAAGGAGGCCAGCACAAGGAGGCCUGUAAAAGGAGGCCAGUACAAGGAGGCCAGUACAGGAGGCCAGUACAAGGAGGCCAGCACAAGGAGGCCAGUACAAGGGAGGCCAGCACAAGGAGGCCAGCACAAGGAGGCCAGCACAAGGAGGCCAGUACAAGGAGGCCAGCACAAGGAGGCCAGCACAAGGAGGCCAGCACAAGGAGGCCAGUCACAAGGAGGCCAGCACAAGGAGGCCUGUAA